AUGGCGGAGUACGACCUAACUCCACGCAUCGCGCCUAACCUGGACAGGCACCUGGUGUUUCCCCUUCUCGAGUUCCUGCAAGAGCGACAGAUGUACCCAGAUGAGCAGAUCCUCAAGUCCAAGAUCGAGCUCCUUAACAAGACCAACAUGGUCGACUACGCCAUGGACAUCCACAAGUCCCUCUACCACACCGAAGACGUCCCCCAAGAUAUGGUGGAGAGGAGGGUUGAGGUGGUGGCUCGCCUCAAGGCCCUGGAGGAGUCGGCGGCCCCGCUUGUGAAUUUCUUGCAGAACGCGGCUGCCGUUCAGGAGCUGAGGGCUGACAAGCAAUACAAUCUCCAGAUGCUCCAUGAGCGUUACCAGAUCGGUCCACAGCAGAUAGAGGCAUUGUAUCAGUAUGCGAAAUUUCAGUUUGAAUGUGGUAACUACUCUGGUGCCGCUGACUAUCUCUAUCAGUACAGGGCUUUAUGCACAAACAGUGACAGGAGUCUGAGUGCAUUGUGGGGAAAGCUGGCAGCUGAGAUAUUGAUGCAAAACUGGGACAUUGCUCUUGAAGAGCUUAAUCGCUUGAAGGAAAUUAUUGAUUCAAAGAGUUUCAGUUCGCCUAUGAAUCAGGUGCAAAAUAGAAUAUGGCUGAUGCAUUGGAGUCUCUUCAUAUUUUUCAACCACGAUAAUGGAAGAACACAGAUCAUUGACUUGUUUAAUCAGGACAAGUAUCUGAAUGCCAUUCAAACCAAUGCUCCCCAUCUUGUGCGUUACUUAGCGACUGCAUUCAUUGUCAACAAGAGAAGGAGACCUCAAUUCAAGGACUUUAUAAAUGUUAUUCAGCAGGAGCAGAAUUCUUAUAAAGAUCCCAUAACAGAGUUUUUGACCUGCGUAUAUGUUAAUUAUGACUUUGAUGGUGCACAAAAGAAGAUGAGGGAGUGUGAAGAAGUAAUAUUGAAUGAUCCCUUCCUUGGAAAACGAGUUGAAGAAGGCAAUUUCUCAACUGUACCAUUGAGGGAUGAGUUCCUUGAAAAUGCUCGUCUAUUUAUCUUUGAGACCUACUGCCGUAUACAUCAGCGCAUUGACAUGGGAGUGCUAGCAGAAAAGUUAAACUUGAAUUAUGAGGAAGCGGAGAGAUGGAUUGUGAAUCUAAUUCGCAGCUCAAAGCUUGAUGCCAAGAUUGACUCACAGUCUGGAACUGUUAUAAUGGAACCUAACCAUCCGAAUGUGUAUGAGCAACUGAUAGACCACACUAAGGCAUUAUCCGGACGUACUUACAAGUUGGUUGGUCAGCUUCUGGAACAUGCCCAGUCACAGGUUGCUCGAUAA